AUGGCCAGCACUACGCCACACAAGUCCGACUGGGCUGAGGACGAUGAGUUCGAGCUCCCCCCUACCACCGAGACCCUCGGCGCCGACGGCAUCACCACCAUUGUGUCGUGGAAGUUUGACGAGAACGACAAGAAGGUCAAGGUGACCCGCCGCGUGCGCCGCAAGCUCCAGACCCAGCUCGUGUCCCACAGCAUUGCGGAGAGGAAGGCGUGGCCCAAGUUCGGUGACGACAAGGGCAAGCCCGCCGGCCCCGACCGCCAAACGACCAUUAUCGGCGAGAACCUGCACUUCAAGAUCGCGGCCGUGAACCGCGCCGCUGCCGAGGCGGCGGCCGCUGCGGACGCUGCUGCCGCCGACGCCGCCAAGGCGCCCGCCGGCAAGGCCGUCGUGUGUCGUCUGUGUAAGGGCGGCCACUUCACCGCCAAGUGUCCGUACAAGGACCAGCUGGCCGAGCUGGAUAGCGCCGCGGCCGGCCUGGGCGAGGACGACGAGGCCGCCGCUGCGGGCGGCGUGCGUGCUGCCGGCGGCCUCGCCGCGCCCGGCUCGGGCGCCGUGGGCGGCAAGUACGUUCCCCCCGGACAGCGCGGCGGCGGUCCCGGCGAGUCCAUGUUCCGCUCGCGCGACGACCUGCCCACCCUGCGCGUCACCUCGCUCUCGUUUGACGCCGAGGACGACGACCUGCGUUCCCUCUUCGAGCCGUUUGCGACCUUUGGUCGUCUGGCGCGCGCCAACGUCGUCCGCGACCGCGAGACCCGCGAGAGCAAGGGCUUUGGCUUUGUCUCGUACGAGAACCGCAAGGACGCCGAGAAGGCCCUCGCCAAGAUGAACGGCUACGGUUACGACUCGCUCAUCCUCAACGUGUCCUGGAGCCAGCCCCGCGAGCCCCGUCCGUGA